AUGAGUAUAACAAGUGAGGAGCUAAACUACUUAAUAUGGAGAUAUUGUCAGGAGAUGGGGCAUGAGGUGAGCGCAUUGGCCCUACAGGAUGAAACAAGAGUCUUAGAAUUUGAUGAGAAGUAUAAAGAACACAUCCCUCUAGGUACACUGGUAAAUCUAGUACAGAGAGGAAUUCUGUAUACGGAGAGCGAGCUGAUGGUUGAUAGUAAGGGCGAUAUUAGCUCUUUAGAUGAACGUCAUCUCUCUGACGAUUUCAAUUUGGUUCAGGCGUUGCAAGUGGAUAAGGAAAAGUUCCCCGAAAUUUCUUCUGAGGGAAGAUUUGCUUUAGAGAAUAAUUCCGAGAAUAGUAAAGUAAGCAAAAAUGGAACUAUUUUGGCUGAAAGGGCAAACCAAGAAGAUGAUACUACUUCUAUCAGCGCCAAGGAUAACUUAGAUGGGUUUGUCAAGACGCUGAGGGAGAUAGCAAGAUUAGAUAAUAUUGUUUCGUCUAUCUGGAAUCCCUUGGAUGACUCUAUACUUGCAUAUGGUGAAAAAGAUUCUGUUGCAAAACUAGCUAAAAUAAUACAAACAGAUCAAGAAGGACGAAAGCUCUGGGAUGUCAUUAUAAUAGCGGAAUUAAGACACCCCUUCGCUUUAAGUGCUAGUAGUGGUAAGACAACAAAUCAAGUUACAUGUCUUGCUUGGUCGCAGGAUGGUAAUUCAAUUGUAACAGGUGUGGAGAAUGGUGAGUUAAGAUUAUGGAACAAGUCAGGUGCACUUCAGAACGUUUUGAAUUUUCAUAGAGCGCCUAUAGUCUCUAUCAAAUGGAGCAAAGAUGGAACGCACUUUAUUUCCAUGGAUGUAGAAAAUGUCACUAUACUCUGGAAUGUUUUGAGUGGUACCAUCAUGCAACAUUUUGACUUAAGAGAAACCGGCAGAUCUUCUACUAAUUCGGAGAACAAUACUGAUAGGGAUUCACUUGGUGUUGAUGUUGAAUGGGUAGACGAUGACAAAUUCGUUAUUCCCGGCCCUAAAGGUGCUAUUUUCGUAUAUCAAAUUACAGAAAAGACACCUAUUGGCAAACUCGUUGGACAUCAUGGGCCUAUCAGUGUCCUGGAGUUUAACAACUCCAAUAAACUCCUACUAAGUGCUUCAGAUGACGGUAGUCUAAGAAUAUGGCAUGGCGGUAACGGUAAUUCCCAAAAUUGCUUCUACGGGCACUCACAAAGUAUAGUAUCGGCGUCAUGGGUCGGUGAUGACAAAGUAAUAUCAUGCUCAAUGGAUGGGUCUGUUCGCCUAUGGUCAUUGAAGGAGAAUAUACUAUUAGCUCUAUCGAUCAUAGAUGGUGUCCCCAUUUUUGUUGGAAGAUUAUCACAAGACGGAGAAAAAUACGCAGUCGCCUUCAUGGAUGGGCAAGUGAAUGUCUAUGAUCUGAGAAAACUGAGUAGUAAUCCACAGAAUCUAAUGCAGCAAUCUUUAUAUCACAGUAGCACUGAUAACGUUUUAGUUCCGAAACCUAUUCCUCUCUACGCUAGUUAUCAAAGUAGCCAAGACAACGAUUGCAUAUUUGACCUGUCAUGGAACUGUGCGGGUGACAAGAUUUCUGUAGCAUACUCACUUGAAGAGGGUUCAAUUGUGGCAAUAUAA